AUGAAUGGCCAGGUUCAAGACAUCGGCUACGACUCCGGAGUCAACAUCGGCGAAUCUCAAGGCCAAGAAGAGACGGUGCCUUGGUGGUUCCCCGGCCACGGCGCUACGACGCUGACAAUACCCCUGAAUAGCCUCAAGAACAGGGUCUCGCCAAGCCUUGUCCUAAAUAUGGACCCCAUCUGA